AUCGAACGGAUCAAAUUCUCUCACACCCAUCUCCAACAUCGUAUGGAGCUGGAGGCAAGAGAGGAAAAUGACCAGGAAGAUGCUCUACAAAUGUCGGCGCGUUUCCGAGGUGAGCAGGACGACUAUGGGGUUACGUCCGGAUGCCACCAGGCUGCAAGCAAAGUCGUGAGAAUAGGAAUAUUGGGCCAGGGACACAAACAUGUGGAUUUCUGAGGAAUGGAGGGAACAAAUAGAAAGAAGAGGUCGAAGAGAAUGAGGAAAACAGAGGUUUGGAUUUGAAUUUGAGGAAGAUGGGGUGUUGAAUAAGACUGGUGUCAAGUGCAAACAGAGUGGGCUGUGCGCCAGCCCAAAUUCUGGAGGUGAAAUGGAAGUGAAUGAGGGCGAGUUAAGUGAGGUGGAAAUUGUCUUGAAGAACUCGAAACAUGAGCCUGGCAUCAAUGGACAUGAUAAAGAAGAAUCUGGUCCAGUAGGAGUGACAUUUUUGUAGAAAGGGGAUCCUUACUUUUUAGCGGAUCCAUUAUUGGUUUCUGGGUGGAUGAGAAAGGAGGUGAUGGAAGGCUGUGUUUGGCAGGUUUUGGAGUAGGGACCCCCAGUCAGAAAGGAUGUGGCGGCUGUGUAGAGGAAAGCCGAGGGUGCCAGGAUGCACAUAUCAGCGAGGGAUAUCUGGCCCUGUCUUUCACAGACAGAGUAGAGUGCUGGAACUCUGAGCGAAAUGAGAAGAAACCAGGGUGGAGUAUGGUGAUUCCAGAUAAUACUGGGCCCUCACUAGCAUUCCCAUUAGUUCCAGGAGGGUACAUAGCUUCCAAUCCUCCCUUUUACCGCCCACUUUCCCCACAACUACUGGCUGUUAGCCUGGCACUAGGCACAGAGCACGCAGUCCUCCUCACUGCAUCUGGAGACAUCUACACCUGGGGCUCAGGCAGCCAUGGGCAGCUGGGACAUGGGGACCUGAGCCCGCAGGAGGAGCCCAGAGCAAUGGAGGCACUAAUGGGUAUGUCCAUGAGCACUGUGGCCGCCGGGGGUUGGCACUCUGUCUGCACCAGUGCUGGGGGAGACCUGUACGUGUGGGGCUGGAAUGAGAGUGGCCAGGUGGGACUGCCAUCACGAGCCCUAAGAGGAGAGCAGCAGAAGAGCCAGGACACAGGUGGUGCCAGCACAUGUAAAGAUGAAGAGGAGAGCUACGACGACGUGUUCAUAUCAAUACAGGCCUUCCCAGCCCUGGUGGAUGUUACUCAGUCAUGCGAGGUCAGCAAGAUCAGCUGUGGGUCGCGUCACACUGCGGCAGUCACAAGUACAGGUGAUCUCUACACUUGGGGCUGGGGUGAAUACGGCCAGCUGGGACAGGGGACUGAGAACAGUUCAGACGAGCCAAGAAGGGUAGAGUUUUUCAAGGACCAGGGGCUGCGUGUGGUGGAUGUAGUGUGUGGACCAUGGAACACUUUUGUUUCUGCUAUCAAAGAGGACCCCUCUCUCCAUCCUGACACAAAUAUCAUUAAUCCUCUAACCAAGAACGACAUAGAAUGGAAAAACUGCCUGUAGGAGUUGAGCACUAAGGACAGUGCACAGAUUGAUUGACUAGCUGCUUGUUUCAGACAAAUAAAGUAAAGUCAGUGACUAA